GCGCAUCGAGACGACGGCCGCGAACUUUGACGUCGUUGGAGAGAGAUUUUUAUUUUGUUUUGUUAAAAACAAACUAAAAGAAAUAUAAUUGUCAACAUGGCGAGUUGCGUCAAAAACGUUUUGUGGCUUCUGGGCAUCCUCCUAAUCCAUCGUGGGGAUCAGCCAGGAAUGUCCACGAUCGAGAACUCAACAACAACCUUCUACGAGUUGAUGAUCAACAACAACAACAACCACCACAACCAAUCAUCUCUCCAAAACAGCAGCGAAGACGCCGUCGCGUUUGACGUCAGCCCCGCAGCGUGGCACGCGCGCACCCGCCCCAGCGGUGGACACGCCAGAACCGCCGAGGCCACCUCGGCCGUCUCCCGCAGCGUCCCGGCUCAACGUCCCUUCGGCAGACUCCCACCCUGCGCCAAAGUGGAAACCUCCUACUCCGACGGCGGCCUCAACGUUCUGUACCACGUCGUCAUCACCCUCGUGCAACUGUGGUUCUCCGUGCGUCGCAAGAAGGCCACGAUGGUGGCGGCGCCCAUUGUGGGCAGGGUCAGAGGUCACAGACGAGACCUCGGCCCUGCUCUUCGGGCGGCUGCAGCCCGGAUAAGACGUGCACGCAACGCUGCCAUCAGACGCGGCCGCAACCGGGCCCACGUCCCCCAGCCUGCACUCCUGCCCACGCCCCCAGCACCCGCGGAAACCAGCGCCGAGGAUGCCUGCCAACAUAGCCCAUCUCCACUGCCGCCCACCCCUCCAGUGCCGGUGGAGAUGCAGGCUCCUGAACCCACCCAGUUGAGCCCAUCUCCACUGCUGCCCACCACUCUCGUGCCGGUGGAGAUGGAGGCUCCAGAAACCACCCAGUUGAGCCCAUCUCCACUGCUGCCCACCACUCUCGUGCCGGUGGAGAUGCAGAGACCACCGCCACCGGUCACUCCGGCACAAUCCGCCGCCGCCGACGACGACGAUGCGCUCGCCGGAGCUGGUCCUCCGGUGUGUUCUGCCCGUCCGCGCCGCACGCGGCGCCGUCGGCGUCCCCUGCGUCCCCGCGGUGACGCUGGAGACGUCCCGCCGUGGAUCGGAGAAUGUGUUCCGUGCGGCUGGGCCAGACUGCAGCGAGUGGCACGGACACUGAAGUCGGCGCAGUCGUAG